AUGUGCCCCCCGGUGAACGCGCGGCAGUGCAGGGAGGGCGUGUCCUACCUGCAUGCCUUCUGGCUGUACCAGUUCCAGCACGGCGCUGAGCUGAAGGUAUGCUUCGCCUGCUUCAAGGCCGCCUUCCUGGAGUUCAGGGACUCGCUGGAUUCGGAGGACUGGGACGAGAACGAGUGGGAUCCGGAGCCCGGGUCUCCCGAGUUGGGGGGGUCUGAGCCGGGAGCGGCCGUGGGGAUGGGGCCCGGCGGGGAGCAGUCUGCACAGGGGGACUCGCUGGACUGGGGUUCAGGCCUCCUGGCGUCCACCCUCACAGGCCUAGAGCAGGAGAGCCCUGAGCACUUCUACGUGCCGACUGAGCUGGAGUCUCAGGAUGCCACCCCGCUGGAGCUGGGCCCCGAGGACGCUGACUGGACCCAGGGCCUUCCCUGGAGACUUGGCAUGCUGCCGGUCUGCCCACACUGGCCGGUUUCCCCCACUGCUUGGCUGGGGUUUUUCCGAGGAGACCAUCAGCCUGGAGAGUCCAUGCUGUUGGAACUGGGCCCCACCCAGGUCAUGGAUCCUGCUGAGGCCGAGUCCUGGCUGCUGGAAUUGCAGCUCUUCACCAUGGUGACCUGCAGCCAGUCCGUCUACUUCCGGAAGAUGAAGCCAGGGUGGGUCCAGAGGACCCGAGGCCGUGGCUGGUCUGUGCUGCUUGAGCCUGCUGAGAUGUGUUUGAUGAGGCUCAAAGAUACACCCCAGGAAUUUGAUGCGCACAAGUGGAAACUGAGUGUUCUGGAAAGCUCCGCCUCAGGGUACAGUGCGGAACUGGUCCCCGCGGAUGUCGCCCUGCUGAAGAAGGGAUUCACCAUCCUCUCCUACUCACCCUCUGUCCAGCAGGAGACCGAAGAAGGGGCCACUGCCCCAACGCCCUCACCCUGCCCCCAAGCACCAUUUCCCCACAGCACAGAGCCCUGGUGCAGAGGACUCGAAGAGCCUCACCCUGGGGGAGGUGCUUGGUUUCAGGGACCCCAGAACUGA